AGGAAGAAAAUGGGUGGAAGAAUAGAAUGGGUGAAGGGCAAAAUGGUUGGAUGUGGAUCUUUUGGCAGUGUUCAUCUAGCCAUGAAUAAAUCGAACGGUGGACUUUUCGUAGUGAAAACAUCAGAUUCAGAGGUAGGACAUGAUGCUCUAAAGAACGAGGUGAAUAUACUAAAUAGUUUAAAUAAUUCAUCACCCUAUAUUGUCCAAUGUUUAGGGACAGAGUAUGAUGAUGAUGAUGAUAAGAAAGUAGUGAAUGUUUUCAUGGAAUAUAUGGCCGGGGGUAGUUUGGCUGACGUGUCGAACAAAUUUGGUGGUUCAUUAGAUGAAGAUAUUGUACGUUUGUAUACUAGACAAAUUCUCCUUGGGUUAUAUGAUCUUCACAAACAUGGAAUUGUGCAUUGUGACCUUAAGUGCAAAAAUGUGCUUUUGGCCUCUUCUGGGAACGUCAAGCUGGCUGAUUUAGGGUGUGCAAAAAGGGUAGAGAACAAAGCAUCAUGUAUUAAUCUUACUAAUGGUGGCACUCCUCUAUGGAUGGCUCCUGAAGUAUUAUUAAAUGGUGAUGAGAAAGUUGUCGAUUUUGCUGCAGAUAUAUGGUCUUUGGGGUGUACUGUUAUUGAAAUGGCCACCGGCAGGCCUCCUUGGGCUGACAUUUCAAAUCCAAUUGCUGCUAUGUUUAAGAUUGCUCGCGGUGAUGAGAUACCUCAAUUUCCACUUCAUUUCUCUCGGGAAGGUUUCGAUUUCUUGAGGAGGUGUUUGGUGAGAGAUCCCAGUAAGAGGCCUACCGCACAGGAGUUACUUAACCACCCAUUUAUUAUUUCAACUAAUUUAACUCAUCACAAACACUACUCUGCUUCCUCACCUGCAGCUGUUUUGGAUGUUCAUCAAUUUGAGUAUACCGAUGACGACGAUGACGACGAAGAAUUAUUACAAAGCCCAAUUACAGGACGAUUGAACCUGUUCUCUUCCACCACAAAUGAGUUUGUGUCCCCACAAGGAACAACAAUGUGGGAACUGGAAGAUGGUGCAUCAGGGAAUCAUUGGAUCACUGUUAGAUCAAGGGAUCAAUAA